AUGUCUGAAAACCUCAUUGCUUCCCUCCAAGUUGGUCGUACUUCUCCUUCCAUGACUGCUGAAGAAUACAGAGCCCGUAAGGUUGCCCUUAUUACUGGUGUUACUGGUCAAGAUGGUUCCUACUUGACUGAAUUUUUGUUGGAAAAGGGUUAUGAAGUCCACGGUAUUAUCCGUAGAUCUUCUUCCUUCAACACUGGUCGUAUUGAACACAUCUACAAGGACAGACACGAUCAAGUGCUAAUUGACGAUCCCUUACUUAAUUUAGGUGUCAAGUUCUUCCUUCAUCAUGGUGAUUUGACUGACUCUACAUGUCUUGUCCACAUCAUUUCUCAAGUCCAGCCUACUGAAGUAUACAACUUGGCUGCUCAAUCUCACGUUAAGGUCUCUUUUGAUAUGUCUGAAUACACUGGUGAUGUUGAUGCUCUUGGUACACUCCGUCUUUUGGAUGCCAUCCGUACCUGUGGUCUUGCUGACCGUGUUCGUUUCUACCAGGCCUCUACUUCUGAACUCUACGGUAAGGUCGUUGAAACUCCUCAAAAGGAAACCACUCCCUUCUACCCUCGUUCUCCUUAUGGUGUUGCUAAGCUCUACGGUUACUGGAUUGUUGUCAACUACCGUGAAUCUUAUGACAUGUAUGCCUGUAACGGUAUCUUGUUCAACCACGAAUCUCCUCGUCGUGGCCGUACCUUUGUCACUCGUAAGAUUACCCGUGCUGUUGCUGAUAUCCAUUUGGGUCGUCAAGACUGUCUCUACCUUGGUAACAUUGAUGCUAAGCGUGAUUGGGGACAUGCCCGUGACUAUGUUGAAGGUAUGUGGCUCAUGCUUCAACAAGACAAACCUCAAGACUUUGUCUUGGCCACAGGUGAGACCCACACUGUCCGUAGCUUUGUUGAAAAGGCCUUCAAGGUCACUGGCCGUAAUAUUGUUUGGGAAGGUGAGGGUGUGAAUGAAAUUGGUAAAGAUGCAGAUUCUGGCAAGGUCCGUGUUCGUAUCGAUCCUAAAUACUUCCGUCCUGCUGAAGUUGAUUUGUUGUUGGGUGAUCCUACCAAGGCUAACACUGAAUUGGGCUGGAAGCGUAAGGUUGACUUUGAUGAAUUGGUCACUGAAAUGGUUGUUGCUGAUAUCGAAGGUGGUCUCAACUCUUCAACAUUAAUGUAA